AUGGGCAAUGUUUUCGCUUCUUCAAAACACCCAAAGUGCGAUUCUAUCACCGACACUGAUAGGGCUGUGCUGAAGUUGAAAACGCAGCGACGCCAGCUCAAUGCCCAGCGGACACGGGUCGAGAGCUUGAUAGCCAGAGAGAUUGAGGUGGCUAAGGAGCUCAUUGCAGCCAAGAAGAGAGAACGGGCGCUCCUGGCCCUCAAAAAGAAGAGGCUCAGAGAGGGCCAGCUCGAACAGAUCGAUGCCUACCUCCUCAACGUGGAGCAGGUGCUUGCAAACAUUGAGAGUGCGCAGCGACAGAACAGGCUG